UUUUGGCUUUUUUAAAAUCUUCCUUCUGACACAAACUUUAGAGCGUCAAAAUUAUUCAUCUCUUAUACAAACUUUAAUUUGAUUGUCAUAGCGCUGAAGAAGGCUUAAAAGCCAACACGGCGGCGCUGGACCCGCUGCUGGAGCAGGCGCUGGAGCGGUUCGUGGCGUCGCACGCGCUGCGCCUGCGUAUCCCGCCCUGGUCGGGCGGCGGCGACGGCACCUCCAUCGACAUCUCCGUGCCCGCCGACGAGGUCGAAGGACGUGGUAAGAAGAAGAAGGGAAUGAAGAAGAUGAUGAUGAUGAUGGGCAUGAUGUUGAUGGCCAAGAUGGCGGCGCUGAUGCCGCUGAUGCUGCUCAUUGCCAAGAUCAAGGCCAUCAAAGCGCUGCUAAUGGGCUCCGUGGCCCUGCUGCUCACCAAGGUGCAGCUCUUCAAGAAGCUUUUCAUGAGCAAACAGGGCGGCGGUCACGGGGGCGGCGAGGAGAAGCACAUCGUGGUGGUGCACGCUGACGGGCACGGCGGCGGCGGCGGCCACGGCGGCGGCGGCGACAGCUACGGCCCCAGCGGAGGCGGCGGCGGCGGAGGCCCGUGGGCGUCGAGCGGCGGACAC